AUGGCGACGAGCAACGACGGCUCUUCCUCUGGAGAAGAGCGUGAAGCUCCCAAAACGACGCCUGCGUCUUUUCCUGCAACACCGGCGCCGUUACCACCCUCCUCCAUAGAGACCAUCAUGGCGCGCCUUGCACAACAGGACGCAGCCCAGAAGGCGGCGACCGACCAAAUCGCGGCGCUCGCAAAAAUCUUAGCUCCUCUCGCUGCGAACGUGGAAGCCUCAACGGCGCAGUACCGAACACAUCUUUUUAGCACAGAGAGAUCAACCGGCGUGACGCUGGCACAUGCUGAAGACCAAGAUGUCAACGACGGCGAUGCGGCUCAAACCCCUGGAGGCCUCGACGCGCAGACCACAAACGAGCUCGCCGCGUUAAAACAGUCAGUGCUCGAUAUAAACUCUAAGAUCCACAACGUGACUACGUCCGCUCCUCAGAUCGAGCGUGUCCUCGCAGAAUCUCUCUGGACACCGUUUACAGAAAAAAUAACGGGGGUCCGACUCAGAAAGAUGGACAAGCUCCGUCUUCCGACCUUCGACGGCGUUUCCGGCCCGUCUGCCCAUGUCACGUCCUUCAGCAUCGCAAUGCGGCGCGCGAAUCUCUCUGACGAAGAAAAAGACGCCGGCUUUUGUCAGCUUUUCAUCGAAACCCUAGAAGAAAUCGUUCUCAACUGGUUCAUCGGCCAUCAAGAAAACUCAGUCAACAGUUUUCACAACCUCUCGACGGCUUUCCUCAAGAACUAUAUCAUGUUUACUCGCCAGGAAGCCACCGCUACGGAUCUCUGGAACCUCAAUCACGCCAAUGGGCAAAGCCUCCGAGAUUUCAUGGAGAACUUUAAAUCUGUUGUCUCAAAAGUCGACGUACCGGACCACAUAACUGUGGAAUCAUUGAUGAACACCCUCCAUAUCAAAUCGCCAUUUCGAGCUGACCUUUAUCGGCACCCGACGAGAUCCGUGCUGGACGCUAUCGCUCGAUCCAACAACUUCAUCCGUAUGGAGGAAGACACCAGGGAAAAGGCGGCGAAAGAGGCGGCAGGACAACAAACGCCCGCCCAGACGAACGACACCCGUCAGGACCCGCGUCAACAUUCUACGGGCAGCAAAACCAACCAAAAGAGGGGUUACAUGAACGUAGUGGACGAAGAGGAGCCGUCAGGUUCCGCGGUUGUCGUGCGAGAGAAGGGAUGA